GCUGCCGCCGCAGCACGUCGCGAGCUUGGGGAGAGGCCGGGUUUCCGAUUCCGGCCAGCCUCGCUCUGGUCCCUGCGGCUGGCGGCCGAGCCUUGUGCCGCCGCCAUAUUGUCUGUGUGAGGCCGGUGGGGUGGGAGGCGAGAGCGGCGGUCGCUUCAGCUUCAUUGGGAGGGCGCUCUUGCCCCUGAAGCUGUGAUUUGUCAGUCUCUUCUCAGCUCUGUGGAUGGCAGGGGGUUUAUGUCCCGAGGAAAGCUCCACUUAUCACUGCUCUUCUCACCCCAGCUGAAAAGUGGUUCAAAAUACUUUUAUUGGAAUAGCAAGUUCUAUCACUAUUGCUCAAGCAUUUGGAAAAAACCCAAAGGCCCAUCCAAGGGCUCAUCCUGUGUCCGGCUUUGAGAUCGGAGGUUAUCAGAACUCUAAACACCUAAUAUAACUCCACCCAGCAAGCUGUCCGACAUGUCAGGACCCGUGCCAAGCAGGGCCAGAGUUUACACUGAUGUAAACACGCACAGACCCCGAGAGUACUGGGAUUAUGAAUCACAUGUUGUUGAAUGGGGAAAUCAAGAUGACUACCAACUAGUUCGGAAAUUAGGCCGGGGCAAAUACAGCGAAGUGUUUGAAGCCAUCAACAUCACAAAUAAUGAAAAAGUAGUAGUUAAAAUCCUCAAGCCGGUAAAAAAGAAGAAAAUCAAGCGUGAAAUCAAGAUCUUGGAGAACUUGCGAGGUGGUCCCAAUAUAAUCACCCUUGCAGAUAUAGUAAAAGACCCUGUGUCCCGGACCCCUGCUUUGGUUUUUGAACGUAACAACACAGACUUUAAGCAAUUGUACCAGACAUUAACAGACUAUGAUAUUAGAUUCUACAUGUAUGAGAUUUUGAAGGCUUUGGAUUACUGUCAUAGCAUGGGAAUCAUGCACAGAGAUGUCAAACCCCACAACGUCAUGAUUGACCAUGAGCACAGAAAGCUGAGGCUAAUAGACUGGGGUCUGGCUGAAUUCUAUCAUCCUGGCCAGGAGUACAAUGUCAGAGUGGCUUCCCGAUACUUCAAAGGACCUGAACUCCUUGUAGAUUAUCAGAUGUAUGACUAUAGUUUGGAUAUGUGGAGCUUGGGUUGCAUGUUGGCCAGUAUGAUCUUCCGAAAGGAGCCAUUUUUCCAUGGCCAUGACAAUUAUGAUCAGUUGGUCAGGAUAGCCAAGGUGCUGGGGACAGAAGAUCUAUAUGACUACAUCGACAAAUACAACAUUGAGCUGGAUCCUCGCUUCAAUGACAUCUUGGGCAGGCACUCCCGUAAGCGAUGGGAGCGCUUUGUUCACAGUGAGAACCAACACUUGGUGAGCCCAGAAGCUCUGGAUUUCUUAGACAAAUUGCUGCGGUAUGAUCACCAGUCACGACUCACAGCAAGAGAAGCCAUGGAACACCCCUACUUCUAUCCCAUUGUGAAGGACCAGGCUCGGAUGGGUUCAUCCAGCAUGCCAGGUGGCAGCACUCCUGUCAGCAGCGCCAGUAUGAUGUCAGGGAUCUCUUCAGUGCCAACACCUUCACCCCUUGGACCUUUAGCGGGCUCACCCGUGAUUUCUGCCACCAAUACUCUGGGGAUGCCGGUUCCAGCUGCUGCAGGAGCUCAGCAGUAGUGAUGGGUUUUGUCUCCAAAUGCCUGAGCUGAGUCAGGUGGGGAAGAGGUUCCCCCUCUACCUCUCCCCAGGAUGCAGCUUGCACCUGGCAGGGGAAGGGAGGGGAUGGAACACUUGGAGGCACCAUGUCUGAACAGUUGCUUGUGGAUUUAUAGUAGUUCAGUCAUUAUAUAAAAAAAAUUAUUAUAGGCUGAUUUUUUUUUCUUUUUUUUUUUACUUGAACUUUUCGUAACUCAGGGGAAUCCCUGAAAAUACUGCAGAUGGAAUAUUUCUCGGACAAUUUUUUUCCCAAACUCCUCAUCACUUGAGAACAAAGAUGAACCAACUACAUUUCCAGGCCGUUGUAUCCUGCUGGAAAUUUCUUCUCUUCGUAGUCCCACCAUUACUCCUCCACCAGCUCACACCUUGGGGGGAUUGUCUUGUGCUUUUCUCUGGAGUCUACCAGACCAAGUCUUCGCAAGGCAGUGGGAGGGGAAUUCUUAAAGUACCAGUCACUUUAACACCAUAUUCUGCAUAUGACUCAACUGGGGUACAUUGAGGAGACAACUUCAGUUUGUAGAGAUGGUAAAAACUUAUAAGAAAUAAGUGCAGAUAAGGCCUAAAACCCUAUUCUGUCCUGUAUGAAUCAUGUCUCCCUAGGAGCUAACCAGAGCGCCGACUCUCUCCCUUGCAUGUAAUUUUAGUCUUAAAGCAUAAAGUUACCGAUCCAGUUGACAUUCUUGCCAUCUCCUGUUGAAGGUGCUCCAGUAGGGUAAGCUAUACUCUAAUCAGUACCUUUUCCACAUAAGGUUCUUCCGGCCAAUCUCUUGGCUUGGAAUUCUGGAAUUAAUUUGUUACUGCGUAUAUUGUUUUUUUUAAAUUGUUUAUACAGAUUUCAAAAUGGUGGCUACUUAGAGCUGGAAAAUCAGACUGCGCCAAGUCACAUAUUGAAUCGUCACCCACCACCCCUGCCCUCAUGUGCCAUGUGGUGAGAAUACUGGUUACCUCACAGUCUUGUAAAUAUGCACUGAGAGGAGGGAGCGAGUAGACUAACUUAAACUGAAAUGGUAGACCUGUAAUUGUGGACAGAUAUUACUAUUGAUGACAAAGCACCCUUGUUACAGCCUUGCUACCCUUUGCUGUGUAUAUAUACUUUGUCCUUCAUAUGUGAAAGAUCCACUGUUGGAAUUCUUUGGUGUAAAUAAACAUUUGGUUUUAUUUAUCAA